UGACCGGUUUAAACUGUAUUUGGUUGAAUUUACACUGGUUUGCAGCAACAGGACAAAGAUGCAAAUCACACAGAGCAUUGAACAGUUCAUUAAGGGGAUGAAGAUGGAGAACUGGAUGGCGGCUCUGCUCACUUGUGCUGCCUGCUGUAUUGGAGCUCUGGUUGUGCUGGGAAAAAAGAUCAACAGUCAACGAGAGACGAAGGAAAAGAUCGAGAGAGCCAGAAACAGGAGAGAGGAGAGCUUACAGCGGGCAGAGCAGGUGGUGCUCCGGUACAAACAGUCGCAUCCGAUGACUGACUCCGCUUUCAUCAUGGAUCUGUCCCUGUCUGAGCUGGCAAAGCAACUCAAGGAAGGCUCACUGAGCCCUGAGGAUGUGCUUCACUCUUACAUGGAAAAGACUCUGAAUGUAAACAAAAAGCUGAACUGCUGCACUGAAAUUUUGCUGGAGAGCUUGGACCAACUGAAAACUGUUGGCUCCAACAAGGAAGGUCUCUUGUAUGGAGUUCCAGUGAGCAUCAAAGAAAAUGUUGCAUUUAAGAAUCAUGACUGUUCUUGUGGUGUGGUCAUUAACCUGGAUCAGCCUGCUGAAAAGGACAGCGUGCUUGUUGAAGUUCUGAAGAAACAAGGAGCUAUUCCCUUUGUGAAAACCAACUUGCCCCAAGGCCUUUUUAGCUAUGACUGUAGUAAUCCUAUUUAUGGGCAAACUGCGAAUCCCCAUAACUCCCAGAGGACCUCUGGAGGUUCAUCUGGUGGGGAGGGGGCUCUCAUUGGGGGAGGAGGCUCCCUGCUUGGCAUAGGCAGUGAUUUAGGUGGCAGUAUCCGUAUUCCUGCCUCAUUCUGUGGGAUCUGCGGUUUCAAGCCAACAGCAGGUCGACUGAGUUUACAGGGGCUUCGUCCAAUUUAUAGAGGGCAAAAGGCAGUGCUCUCAUCUCCUGGACCCAUGGCAAGAGAUGUGGAUAGUUUGGCUCUGUGCAUGCAGGCACUUCUUUGUGACCACAUGUUUUCUUUGGACCCCACUGUUCCACCAUUACCUUUUAAUAUGGAGAUAUACAGAAGUUCCAAACCUCUAAGGAUUGGUUAUUUUGAAAGUGAUGGCAACAUGCAACCAUCUCCAAGCAUGGCCCGAGGCAUCAGAGAGGUCAAAGCUCUGUUAGAGCAAGCAGGCCACACAUUGGUCCCUUACCGUCCACUGAAGAUAAAUCAAAUUAUGCCUGAACUAAUAAUAAAGAGUUUGUAUGCAGAUGGAGCUACCACCCUGCUACAAAAAUUGAAGGGGGGACCUGUGGACCCUUGUCUAAAAACUCAGGUUUUUACUUAUGGUCUCCCUAAUUGGCUGAAGAAAAUCCUUUCAUUCCUGCUCAAACCUGUGUCUCCUCGUGGUUCUGCCAACAUGAAUGCUCUUUGUGGACUUAGAUCUGUUCCAGAUUUGUGGAAGCAACAUGCUGCUGUUGAGGACUACAUUCAUGAGACAAUAGCGCAGUGGAGGAGCUGCAACAUUGACGUGCUGCUGUGCCCCAUAAUCGGCCCAGCCUACAGCUUCCAUUACUGUGGCAAAAUUUCAACUGCUCUCAGUUACACAAUGCUCUACAAUUUCCUUAAUUUUCCUGCGGGUGUAGUCACUGUUUCUACAGUGACUGCAGAGGAUGAAGAGGAACUCAGGCACUAUAAGGGCUAUUAUCAGGACAAGUGGGACAAGCUCUUUAAAGAGGCAGUGAGUGGAGGCGAGGGUCUGCCUGUGGCGGUGCAGUGUGUUGCCCUGCCAUGGCAGGAUGAGCUCUGCCUGCGCUUCAUGAAGGAAGUGGAACAACUGGUCAAACAAAGCAAGAAGUAAAGCCUGUAAAAGUGAGCUAAGGCUGUCAUAAAUGGUGGCGCACUCUCUGCUCUACAGUUAUAAUCUAGACCUUUUUUUUUUUGUUCUUUCACUAUUUGCUAAAUGUAAUUGUAUCUUAACUAUAAGAUGAUUGUCUUUAUGAUUCUGUGUUUAAAAAAAUCCAGGUCUUUUGCUUUCUUACUAUCCCCAUCGACAUGUUACAUUUUAUCCAAAACAGUAUGAAAUGGUGUUAGAUGCCGUAAAGAAAAUUAAAAAGAAAUAUUAAAUCAUUAGGCACUGCUACCAUAAGUAUAAGAAUGUUGAAAAUUAGGAUUCACAAUGGGUAUGGAAAGUAAUGUAUUUGUG